CUCCCAUUCCCAGCACUGAAACCAUCUUUCAUCAAUGGAGAUCACUCCUUGGCUUCUUCCAUCCAUAGCAUUGCUAGCUUCUCUAGCCUUCCUCUCCAGAAUUUUCUCCGGCCGGCGGUGCAAACAACUAAAGUUUCCACCGGGCCCUAAAUCCUGGCCUAUCAUCGGCAACCUUAAUCUCAUCGGUUCCCUCCUUCAUCAAUCUUUUCACAAACUAUCCCGACGAUACGGGCCAUUGAUGCACCUCAAAUUCGGUUCCUACCCUGUAGUUGUUGCAUCAUCUUCUGAGAUGGCCAAGGAGUUUUUGAAGAGCCAUGACCAAAUCUUUGCUUCUAGACCCCUAACUGCAGCCGGUAAAUACGUUAAUUAUAACAACGGCAAUAUACUGUGGGCUCCGUAUGGACCUUACUGGCGCCAGAGCCGCAAGAUUUACCUAAACGAGCUGUUCAGCUCGAAAAGACUCGAAUCCUUUCAGUUCAUCCGAGUUGAGGAAAUGCGGGCUUUUGUCUCCCGCUUGCAUGGAUUAUCAGGUAAGCCUGUUGUGCUUAAAAACCACCUCGUGUGUCUUACUCUCAGUGUUAUAAGCAGGAUGGUGUUUGGGGAGAAGCCUUUCAGUGUGUCAUGUGAUGAUCGGCUUGGAUCGAAUUCGAUAACGAGUCUGCCGGAGUUAGAAGAGAAUGUAGACGAGCUGUUAAUGUUGAGCGGAGUGUUGAAUAUUGGGGAUUGGAUACCUUGGCUAGACUUUCUGGACUUGCAGGGCUACGUAAAACGAAUGAAGGCUUUGAAGAAAAAACUUGACCGAUUCCAUGAUCAUGUGUUCGAUGAACAUAAGCGGAGAAAGAAUGAAUUAGCGAAGGAUUUUGUAGCACAAGACAUAGUUGAUUUUUUGUUGCAGCUAGCUGAUGAUCCUGAUCUUGACGUUAAACUCACUUAUGAUCAUCUCAGGGGCCUCACACUAGACCUGAUAGUUGGAGGCACGGAUACCUCAGCAGUAAAUGUCGAAUGGGCAAUCUCAGAACUGAUCAAACAACAGCAACUCAUCGGGAAAGCUACCGAAGAGUUAGACAGAGUGAUCGGGAGAGAGAGAUGGGUAGAAGAGAAAGACAUCCCACAGCUUCCUUACAUAGAUGCAAUCAUGAAAGAAACAAUGAGGAAACACCCGGUUGCUCCAUUGCUAGCACCACAUUUGGCCAUGGAAGAUUGCAAAGUGGCCGGAUACGAUAUUCACAAGGGAACUCGAGUCUUCAUAAACACCUGGAGCAUCGGGAGAGAUCCUUCCCUGUGGGAACAACCGGAGGAAUUCCGGCCUGAGAGGUUCCUAGGGACGAACAUUGAUGUGAAGGGGAGAGCCUUUGAGUUGUUGCCAUUUGGUGCUGGGAGAAGAAUAUGCCCUGGCUACAACCUUGCAUUAAAGAUGGUUCAAUUGAGCAUAGCGAACUUGUUGCAUGGCUUCAACUGGAAAUUGACUGAUGAUACUAAAGUAGAAGAUUUGAGCAUGGAAGAAGCUAGUGGAUUGACAACACCCAGAAAGUUUCCACUUGUUGCAGUCAUGGAGCCUCGUCUCCCACUUCAUCUCUAUAAAAUUUGAAUUCUACAUAAAUCCAUGUCCUUGGUAUUACCUACAAAAUAACAGUGUUAAUUCUAAUAAAAUGUGUGCUCUUGUUCAUCAAUUCUAAUAAAAUGCUUAGGACUAUGCUUAAGUUUA